AUGUGCACGAAGUUCCGUGAGUUGUCUGCACAGGACCGGCACAGGGUGGCGGUGACAAAGCGCCUGUGCUUCAACUGCCUGGGACGCCACAGCGUGCGGGCAUCCUUGGCAGUGAUUAGCUCAUCGACAGUACAACAUUCAGCGCGUCUGCUCAUUGACACAGGAUCCGAGCUCACCUUCGUCUCGGAGAAUCUCAUCCGGCAGCUCAACAUCCCUCGUCAAUACUCAGGUAUUGUCAUCACUGGAAUUGCAGGCAAGGAGUGUACUCGGACACGAGGAGUCGUGUCACUCACGUUAUGCUCGACACAUUCCAACGCAGCUGCCACAAUUCAAGCUCAUGUCCUCCGGACAGUUACAUCAAUCUUACCAUCGUUCGAGGCGGAACCAGAAGAAUGGCCGCAUCUCAGGAACUUGGCAUUAGCCGAUCCUGAUUUUCUCAUCCCACGGCCAGUUGACAUCCUCAUCGGCGCAGACGCUUACGGGCAAAUCAUCAAGCCCAAUGUCAUCAGGCAUUCUCCACUCAUGCCGAUAGCGCAACUCUCCAUUUUCGGAUGGCUCGUUCUGGGACCAGUCAAGAGAGAAGCAACACGCACAUCAACGCACCAUGCUUCUACUCAAGUCAACGAGGAUGCUCUCAACGAGUUACUGACGAAAUUCUGGGUUCAAGAGGAGGUGCCUACUCACGAUGUCAACCAACUCACUCCUGACGAGCAGAGGUGCGAAGAGCACUUCAAGGCCACACACUCUCGUGAUCCAUCUGGAAGGUACGUCGUCAGGAUUCCGCUCAAAUCGCCAGUAUAUCUCCUGGGUGAUUCGUACCACGUCGCCCAUCAGUGCCUCAAGGGAUUACGCAGACGAUUCUCAAGGGAUGUGAACUAUCAACGUCUCUAUCAACAAUUCAUGAUGGAUUACGAGACGCUCAACCACAUGACGAAGGCAUCAUCCAUCUCCAGUCGCUGCUCACACUUCUACCUACCACAUCACGGUGUUCUCAAGCCUGACAGUACAACAACAAAACUGCGAGUCGUAUUCAAUGGCUCCAGCGCAUCAACAUCGGGCUACUCUGCUAACGACCUCAUGUAUACUGGAGCGAAAUUGCGUCUGAAUAUCUCAGAUGUUCUCCUCUGGAUACGAAGACACCGUCACAUUUUCGCUACGGACAUCACCAAGAUGUACAGGCAGAUCAAAAUUCACAAGGAUGACUGGGAGUUGCAACGGAUACUCUGGAUGGACGAUCAACUCAAUGAAGUGCCAUACCAUCUGACAACCAUCACCUACGGGACAAAGGCCGCGCCGUUCUUGGCCGUCAGGACGCUGUUACAACUAGCAGAGGACGAAGGAAAUAAAUAUCCACUGGCUGUGCCAUCCAUCACUCAUGGCAGGUAUGUCGAUGACAUAUUUGGUUGUGCAGAUACGAUUCAACAAUUGCAGGAGGUCGCACAUCAACUAAAGGGCCUCUGCAUGGCGGGCGGCUUCCCACUAGCAAAAUGGCAUGCUACUCAUCUCGACAUACUCAAGACUGUCACCGACAGCGAAGACCAAGGCUUACCAAUCACAUUCGACGAUUGCGCAACCAAGAUACUCGGACUAAAAUGGCUCCCUCAAGAAGAUACAUUUGCAUUCUCAACGCGAAGCUCACGCAAGGAAGGCAGGCUCACAAAACGCCUC